UCCCCCGCGGCUCACUCGCGCUCGAGUCCAGCCACCCCGCCAUGGAGCGGCCGUGCGUCCUGCUGCUCGGCGCAGCCGGGCUGCUGCUCCUGCUCCUGCCCCUCUCCUCUUCCUCCUCUUCUGACGCCUGCGGCCCGUGCGAGCCGGCCUCCUGCCCCGAGCUGCCCCAGCAGGGCUGCCCGCUGGGCGAGACCCGCGACGCCUGCGGGUGCUGCCCGGUGUGCGCGCGCGGGGAGGGCGAGCCGUGCGGGGGCGGCGCGGCCGGCAGGGGGCACUGCGCGCCGGGCAUGGAGUGCGUGAAGAGCCGCAAGAGGCGGAAGGGUAAAGCCGGAGCAGCAGCCGGAGGCCCCGCUGUGGGAGGCGUGUGCGUGUGCAAGAGCCGCUACCCCGUGUGUGGCAGCGACGGCACCACCUACCCCAGCGGCUGCCAGCUGCGUGCCGCCAGCCUGCGGGCCGAGAGCCUCGGGAAGGAGGCCAUCACCCAGGUCAGCAAGGGCACCUGCGAGCAAGGCCCUUCCAUAGUGACGCCCCCCAAGAACAUCUGGAAUAUCACGGGUGCCAAGGUGUACUUGAGCUGCGAAGUCAUCGGAAUCCCAACCCCUGUCCUCAUCUGGAACAAGGUAAAAAGGGGUCAGUAUGGAGUUCAAAGGACAGAACUCUUGCCCGGUGACCGGGACAACCUAGCCAUUCAGACCCGGGGUGGUCCAGAAAAGCAUGAAGUAACUGGCUGGGUGCUGGUAUCUCCUCUGGGUAAGGAAGAUGCUGGAGAAUAUGAAUGCCAUGCAUCCAAUUCCCAAGGACAGGCUUCAGCAUCAGCCAAAAUUACAGUGGUUGAUACCUUACAUGAAAUACCAGUGAAAGAAGGUGAAGGUGCUCAGAUAUAAACCUGCAGAAUAUAUCAGUCUAUGUAGCCAAAAGUGUUCACCGAUAAUGACCCCUAAUCUUGCCUAACAAAUUUCUUUCAAUCUUAUCCACUAACACUUUAUAGUCAACUGGUUUUACGCAGAGAAAUCAAAGAUAACUCAUCAAGACUCUACAAAAAUUUGUUUAUUUACAAAAAAGCAUGCAUAUCUUUAAACAAAUAAAAAGCUUAUAACACAGUA